AUGGACUUCCUUCAAUCUCUUCUCGGCCCCAAGCCUUCGCAGGCGCCCGUGGUUGCCGAUGAUGCAGAUUUCGCAGACUUCGCCGCUGCCCCUGCGCCCUCGCCGGCCUCGAUCCCUGUCUCUCCCGCCGAUGCGCAAGCAGCUGCUGCAACGGGAGCUCCUGUUGAAGGUCGUCCAGUUGUUUACACGAAAUGGUAUCGCGUGUGGGAACGCACCCAGCUGUCCGACUUCAUGAUGGAGGGUGUCCUCAUCCCUUUUAUCCUUUUGGCUCUCCUGGUACAUUUUUGGGGCACGAGGACAAACCGGCGUAAAGCGAAGAAGUGGAUGGCUGUGCAUGCCCCUCUCCUGGAGCGAGAGUUUGCGGUCGUUGGAUACAGCGCUGUGCCAAAUGCUGAAUCGACCGCAGAAGGUGGAGUUUCCUCUGGGGAUGCGAGCUUGUUCAAGGAGAUUGUGCAGAACAAGGGGGAUAACGUGUCGGAUGAUCUCUUGAAGGAGAAGGCCGCAUGGGAGUUUGAGUCCUAUGCAACGGGACGACAAAAUGUUGCGUUUAUGGAUAUCAAAAUUUACCUGAAGAGGCGAAUGAAUCCCAUGAUGAUGCUGGCGGAGGAGCUCACGGGAAUGUUCAUCGAGUCGAUCAAACCCAAACCCGAGAGGAUGGAAGCCGCCAUCUACACCUUUGACGGCAAAGAGAAGGAAUUCGUCCCACCAGCAGUCCCCGGAUCCGAGGAAGCAGGCAAGACCAAAUCGGUGGGCAACUCGACUUAUGACCCAUUCGUCUUUGCCGUGGUCAACAAGUUGGCGAUGCGCAAACUCCGCGAGGAACGAUACGACUUAUCUCUCACAUUCACCAAAGACCACGCCAAACUUCCCAACUGGGCUACAUGUAUGAGCGAGUCGGCGGAAAUUAGUGACUGGAUGCUCAGCAAAGAACUCGUCGAUGCAAUCAACGAAGCUGGCCCAGACUACUUCCAGUACCUCAUCGUCACGGACCAACCUCACGACAAACCGACCAACUUGCAGGAAACAGCUCCGAAGAAGCGCCUCCACAUUUCCCUUCGCCUGCCCUCCGACGGCAACUACCUGCCCACCCUGCCUCUGUUCGCUGUCUUCCUCCGCUUACCCGAUUUCCUCGUCUCGCAGUCACACCUCCGGCCCGAAGUGCUCAGAAAGGUCAACACGAUCCGCGAGCAAGAAAAGAGCAAGCUAAAGAAGAUUUCGGACAAGGAGGCGGAAGAGGAGAGAUUGAGACAGCUGGAUAAGAUGAAGAAGGAAGAAAGAGAACGGAAGAUGAAGGGCAUGAGCGCGGAGGAGCAGAGGAAGUUUUUGGAGAGAGAGAACGAGAAGCAGCGGAAGAAGCAGGAGAAGAAGAUGACAAGGAGAGGCUGA